GACAUGGCUGCAGACAUGUAAGUCUCAAGUAAACCUAGUUUGUUGCCUACCACUUGCUGCACCUAAGUUCAUCAUAUACUCUUCCACGUUCUAAUGGAAACUCGCACCCUCCCUGGCGGCGCAACAGGGAACACCUGCCACGGAUCGUGAAGCACAGGGAUAAGAAGGAAGUGCGGAACCUUGUUCAGCCUCCUGACUUACUUGCACUCCUGAUCCUCGCUCCUCAUCCUGCUCCGCACCCUUCGCCCUACUCAUCGUUGCCGGCUUUCUGGUUUACCUCGAACUCUUGCCUGUCUCCUGGUUCACGAUUCUUGGAUUUGCCCCCUUGGAUUCCGUUCGAACCUCGGUGACUUUUUGCCUGUUUUUCUGACCAUGUCCUCUGGAUCGCCCCCGACCACUCCUCCUGUGCUCCGCACUUGGGUCCGACGCACACGCGCCGGGGGAAACCCGUGACAGAACCUACGUCAAGGUAAAGAUGGCUGCUGGAAAAGCUCAUAUUGGGAAACUGGCUCCGGACUUCAAGGCAAAAGCUGUAAUGCCUGAUGGCCAGUUCAAAGAUAUCAAACUUUCCGACUAUAGAGGAAAGUAUGUAGUCUUCUUCUUCUAUCCAAUGGAUUUUACUUUUGUAUGCCCAACCGAGAUCAUUGCCUUUAGUGACGCUGUAGAAGAGUUCAAGAAGAUCGACUGUGAGAUCAUCGGUGCCUCUGUGGAUUCCCACUUCUGCCACCAUGCCUGGAUUAAAACACCACGCAAACAGGGUGGUUUGGGUCAUAUGAACAUCCCACUGGUGGCUGACAAACUCCAGACCAUUUCCCAGGACUAUGGGGUGCUGAAGGAGGACGAAGGCAUUGCUUACAGGGGUCUCUUCAUUAUUGAUGACAAAGGGAUUCUGAGGCAAAUAACUAUCAACGACCUUCCUGUUGGGCGCUCUGUUGAGGAGACACUGCGCCUGGUGCAGGCUUUUCAGUUCACCGACCAGUAUGGAGAAGUGUGCCCUGCUGGCUGGAAGCCUGGAAGUGACACCAUCAAGCCUGAUGUCCAGAAGAGCAAAGACUUCUUUGCCAAGCAGUAAUGGCUCAAUACUCAAACCUGCACUGUACUUUAGGAUUUAUUCUUAGGGUGCUUAUUAGGUCUUAAAAAAAACUGGCAACAGUGAGAGCAUGUAUGUCAAGUAUAAAUCAACUGCUUCAAGAUAAAAUCCAUGCCAAAAAUGUCAGUGUGGGGUUAAAUUUUGUGCCAUCCCAAUUAAUGUGUAAGUGAGGUGGAAGAUCUUUGUAAAGGUGAAAAUUGUGGCUACUUGAUAUAUUUCUCAGAUGACUUGUGUAUUAGAAAAGGUUCAGUUCUACACUUGUAUAACCAGCUUUCAUAAAGUAAAUGUGAAGCAUUACUUUUGUGAAGUAGUUAUGGUAUUUUGCUGUUACCGCUAUUUGUUUGCAGUGUUGUUUGGUAAAUAAACAGUUCUGAAGUUGUAGUAAAUGCCAACUUUCCUCUAGAUCUGUAUUUAAACGCAAUAUAAACUACUAAAUCGCAGUACAUUUAAGCUCAUUGACGAGUAUCUGUGCUAAAUUGGAAUUUCUGUAUUGUACAAUAGAGCGGAGACUGCAUUUCCACAGCUGUUUUGAAUAAACUUGAAGUGAACGCGAGUGAGCUGCUUUAGACUUAAGUAUUGUCCGGGUUUGUGGAGCGGAUGCCCGCGCGCAGUGUUUGCUGUCGUACACCAGAUGCAGAAGUUUCAAUGAACGGGCGCGCGAGUUGCUCUGCGCGAGGUGGCGUCUCGCGGCUGAAAUGUGGGCGAGAUAAUUACCUCAGGAAUGUCCUCCUCGUUCUAUCGCGUCAAGUAGAACAUCUUCAGUGAUAAUAUAUUAUUUAAAGUGUAAUUUUCUUAAGUGAAAUACAAAAUUUUUUUUCUGUCCAAAUAUAAACUUAACACUUUUUUCCCGUUUCCGUGACCGAAAUGACGACGGCCGGUAAACAGCUGAACUUGAAGUCGACGAAGCGGGAUGCCACGUGGAAAAGUCUGUUUGAAAACGAGCUGAGGACACGGGAGCAGUCCGAGGUGUUUGUGAAGCAAAUGGUAGCGCUCGCCG